AAGCAGCGCCAGUUCGGAGACAGCAGUAUCGAGCGCGGCCAGGGGCCAGGCGCCUUGUUUUUGUCGUCUUCUCGCAGGACGCAGCGGCUACGCUUUUCGAUAGAAAAACAGAAAGUGGUUCGACGCUCAGAACUUAUCUGGCGGGUUUCCGUGUCUAGUGCGACGUUUUAAAAAAACAAGAAAAAAAUAUAUUAUUUCGUUUGGCUCCGUCAGAAGUAUAGUCGAUCUGAGAAAACCCGUUGUUUGUUUUUUUCUCAAGAGAAAAAAUUCUUGUAAAAAUAUUUUCUUUGAAAUUGUGCUGCUUCUAUCGGGAUAUAUAUAUAUAUAUAUAUAUCGUGUGUGCGACCUGUUCAGUUCUUCUCGGCGAACGUGACUGUCGAAUGCGGUAAAGAUUCAGACACUACUCAUAGGUGAGAGGUUUUAUUUAUUUAUUAAUUUUUUUUUUCCGUUGACGCUGGUUGUGAUCCGUCACCGAGUAACAUGUCGUCGCACCGAACAAGCGUGUGCGCACACUCGCGGUGUCGCACGCGUGCUGUGCUGCGAUGAGAGCUUGUCCGAGAACGUUGCUCUCGAAAACAAUUGAAAACAUUUUUUUUUCCUUCUUAUUUCGAGAGGUCACCAUUAAAAAAUUCUACGAGAGUGAAGUUUUCUUCUGCCCUGCCAUUUUGAGCGGGAAGGUCGUUAGUGGGGUAUCCGUGUAGGUCUGGGCCGAGUCUUCAAAACCCCAAGGCGAACAACAACUUCUUUCAAGACCGCUGCCUGCCUUGCCUUUAUUCUUUUUCAAAUAAGGAAAGAGAGAGAGAGAGAGAGAGAGAGAGAGAGAGAGAGAGAGAGGAGAAAAAGAGGCACACUCCCCAACAUCUCUCUUCCACCCCUCUCUGCGAGUUCCUUUUCACGGAGGGUAACAGCGAACCUACAGCAGGGGGUAUUUUCUUCCCUACCCCUGCCCAAGACCUCCCUUAUUGUAGCUUACCCACGAAAAGUCUCUUUUAUUGGCCAUAACUAGAAUUUACUGGGCCUUUUGGUUGAAAAGGAAAGAAGAGAGGAACGCAUUUUUCUUUUCUUUUUUUCUUUUUUGGAAAAUCUGGAGAAGAGAGAUUUUCCCGCGCCGUUCGAGCAAACGAUCUCAAGCAAACAUCGCGGCUAAUUUCGGAAGGUUGUCACCCACUGACGAAUCCCGCUUGUGAACGUAGCGGCGGGGAAACAACUGAAAGCGUCGUCGGCGGGGGAUCCUUGCAUAGAGGCGUGCUGGUAAAAACUUCAGCGUUGUCGUCAUCUUCUAAGAAUCGAUUCUUACCCGACCACGUCCUGAAGAAGGCCAAAUGAACACGAUGUGUGAGGGCGCGGCGCGUAGCACGUUCCUGCAAGCUCGGCGCGCGCGCUGCUGGCCGGCGAGCUGCUGAACUCCCGACUGACACUCGCGCGCAGGGGUCGGCCGCCCCGCUCAGCCGGCAAGCUGGCAGCCGGCGCCGUCGCCGCCAUGAACCCCCACUACCACCCGUACUCGGAGCUGAGCUCGCCGCACUCGCCGCCGCCCGACGCCGCCGCCUACCACCCGCACCACCCCGCGCCGCCCCCGCCGCCGCCGCAGCAGCAGCAGCAGCAGCAGUCGUCGGCCGCCGUGAGCAACGGCCACGGCAUGGCGGGCGGGCCGCACGCGUUCCACCACCACCACCACCACCACAACCACCCUCACCACCACCCGCACCACCACCACCACCCGCACCUCGGCCCCGGCGGCAACAACAACAACAACAACAACAACAGCAACAGCACCAACAACAACUGCCCCACGGUGAAGGUGUGCGCGGGCUGCGGCGGCAAGAUCGUGGAGCGCUUCCUGCUGCACGCGCUCGACCGCUACUGGCACAACAACUGCCUCAAGUGCUCGUGCUGCGGCGCGUGCCUGGCCGACAUCGGCGGCUCGUGCUUCACCAAGGCCAACAUGAUCCUCUGCAAGACCGACUACAUCAGGUUGUUCGGCAACACGGGCGCCUGCUCGGCGUGCGGCCAGACCAUCCCCGCCAGCGAGUUCGUGAUGCGCGCGGGCCCGGGCCACCACCAGCAGCAGCCGCAGCAGCCGCAGCAGCCGCAGCAGCAGCAGCAGCACCACGUGUUCCACAUGAAGUGCUUCGCGUGCUCCAAGUGCGGCGCGCAGCUGGUGCCCGGCGACAGGUACUGCCUGCUGGCGGGCAGCCUGGUCUGCGAGCAGGACUGGCACAAGCUGCUCAAGGGGUCGGCGGCGGCGGCGGCGGCGGCGGGGGCGGCGGGCGCCGGCGCGACCGGCGUGCGCAAGGGCAAGGUGGGGCGGCCGCGCCGCAGCCGCGACUGAGGGGGCGUCGCCUCCCUCCUUACAGGUCAGCUGUGCCAGUAACUUCCUCCACUUGCCGCGAGAUGUAAGCAGAGUGGCUGUCCAACCUCCCUGAAAACUUCUUCGACGGAGACUUCAAUUCACAAACAAGGCAGCAGCUCUCCGAGCAAUCCUCGCACGCCAAAAAAGAAGCAAUACCGGACAGAAAUGAACUGUUUCGUCUGUCGCACUGAAGAGCUUACUAAUAUCCCUGUAUUUUAACUUGAUGUGUUGAAGUAUUUUCAGAAAAAAUAUGUUCACCUGGGUUCAAAUGCUUCACCUAAGCAAUAGAUAUUAACUCGUAAUUGCAUUCGUUUGGUGUGGGAAAAAACAUUUGCCGUAUUUUUUAAGUGGCUUUAAUCAAACUUGUGCAACUUCUGAUAUUUAUAAUGUGAGUACGCUAAGAGUCGGUACAGAUAUCGUCGAAGUUGAUAACACAAGUUGGUGUUCCGUCAUAUUUGCUGUUAACUAUACGUUUCUUAUUUUCUCUGUGAGUCUUUACCCGAAAGCUUUAAAAGCACUCUCAUAUUUAUAGCAAUAUUUGUUUUAAAAAUAAUAAUUUUUAUCGGAGCUAUGCAUAGGAAUAGGUCUACCAAAAACUAUAUCUCAAAACUGAAAAUACGUGGUGACAUUAACUGAUCAACCAACAAAACAAAGCCAACAAUUUUGGUAAGCAACAAAAAAAUAGCUUUAUAGAUGGGCAAUUAUCAACAGGGUGUAUUUUCUAAGUGAUCUGAAAGCUUACAACUGUUCUUUUCGAUGACUUUGGCUUCGAUUGUAGAAGAUUAGUGAUUGUAUGCGUUUAAGCUUAAAGGUAAUCGAGACAAUUUAUGACUGUAAAUUUGUGACAUUUGAGACGUGAAGCAAAGACAAAGGUGGUAAUAUAAAGUGGUCAUCAACGUUGAGAUUGCAAACAGAUAUAAUUAUGUUUUAUGGACACUUCUGCGUUUUGACGGAGUGUGAAACGCAAGUGUGACAUUGUUUUUUAAUUAGUGUAAAUAUAUUGUUAGUUAUUAAUUAUUAUGUAGUGAGGUGUUCCCGGCAUGUGUUGACCUACUUUCACUCUGAAAAAUGUAUUUUAAGGAGAGAAAAUGUGUAUUAAGAGCAUAUGUGAUUUUCAGGAAUUUUUUUUGUAAAUAAGCGUUAUUUUACGAACAUAGAUUUAAGGAAAUGGAUGUUGUAUUCGCUCCUUCCUCGCCCGCUCCAUCUUUUUUCAUUGCCAUAAACGAGUCUAGAUCAAAAAGUAAAAACAAACUGUAAUACUUUAGAAUUACCGGUUCACAUCUUUGCUAACUGUGUCUGGCAAAAAUUCAGCAUUAUGGUGACGGAAAUUAACUUGUCAGUUUUUUUUAAGUAAUGUCGAUUCAAUUAAAUUUAAAUUUGAAUCCUUAAAAUCAUGGUUCGGUUAAAAAAUCACAAAAUAGCUUUGCUUAAACGUAAAGCAUCGAGACAUUUGAAGACUUUUUUUUGUCUGUCAAUUUCUUGUUCCUUCUCUUCGUCGAAGUGUAUUUAAACAUAUUUGUCCCUUUUGACAUGGACUUAAAGUCAUUCACCACAACACUACAAUUUUAUCUCGUUUUAGUGAACAAAUAUGUUCUUAUUGAGGUCUAAACUUAGUGAUCAGUACUGUCGCGGCAGUUUGUGAAAGUUGUCGGUGAGCAUCACGACUUCUUACAAAACCAGAGUAUUUACAUGUGUACGUCCAUAAAAAAAGCCUUAUAAUCAAAAAUUAAAUUUUUCUGAAGAGACAGGAAAAACAAUAAAGUUGAAGAUAAUAACAGAUAACAUGAUGUAAAUUGUAAUCUAAAAAAAUUUAGAACGAUAAUUUAAAUUGUAAUCCAAAAUUUAUACCGAUAAUUAAUGUAUUUUUUGUAAAAUGUUUUUUUCUAUCUCCUGGUUUCGUAUUUAACAUUUCAUAAAACUCCAGUUCGGAGUGGUUGAACUUAAGGUAGAUGUCCAUGUAGACAUUUCCAUAUUUUGCUGAAUAGAUGCAGUCCAUUAAGAAAAUUCUACUGGUGGGCGCGUAAAAUACAUCUCUCGUACAGUACUCACUACACAUUUAUAGUGAAAGAAUAAAGUUGAUAUCUGUUGUGUUCCGAAGUAUUGACACUGUGUUUACUUUCUGAUUCGCCUUCGUAUUUGUGUAUUCUACAUACAAAAAAAACAGAUAUUAUCCUGAUGUAUUUUUAAGAAAGUUGUCAACACGAUGUUUAUUACGUUUUUUUAUGAGUGUACACUUUUUGAAAGUAAGUCACAUACACAGAGGAAAUUUUCACGUGUGAGUACCAAUCGUUUCAACACCUUAGCACGAGCAAUUUAUGUAAAUGUUUGACGGUUUGCGUUGUACACUUACGAUGUGUCUUCUUUGCCGAAUCUUUGGCGCAAUCGAACUCAGCCUAGAUGUGUUUGCUAAACAUCUAGAGUUUUGCUUAACUUGUACUUUCUCGCUGAUGGCACCAGGAUAUUUCUUCUAAGCACCCAAUUUACAUAUUUUUUAAUAUAUGAAUGAGAGUAACCAUUUAAAGUUUGGUUACAGUGCUCAGAGUUUAUGAUUUUUUCUGCAGGGUUUUAUUAAUUUGCUGACAAAGUCGCAUCAUUAUAAAGUUCUAAGUCACGCUGAAAGUACUUACGAAAGUACCAUAGAAAAUAUGGCGAUUGGGGUACGUUUCCAGUCAUAUUUAUGCAAAUAGUUAAAUUAAAAACACGCAUUUGAAACGGCCGGUCACGUUUAAGAAACAGCAGCGCUUAUAAAUGAUCGGCACAAGAAAUUCGGCUGUGAAAUUCGUUGAGAGUUUAGUUCACCAGCAGUAAGAGUGUGUAACGUCGGGAGUAUACUGGAGAGACUUACUGCGGCUUUAGGCGUUUGAGCUGACGUACGAUAGAUAUACCCUCGUGCGGCAUGUAUGCAACGUCACAUUAAGCGGUGAGCUCGUGGCAAUAUCGUGUCACUGAAGGAAAGUCUGUGUGAGGUUCUGUGAAGUCAUGUAUGCAUUUCUUGCAAAAUAUUCACCGAUAGUACUUUUUAUACUUUGACAGUCUAUAAGUGCCUGUUUUAUUAUGUAUUUCAUAAACGUAAGUUUUUUUAUUUUAUUUUUCGUUUGAUGUACAUCUCAGGUGAAACUGUUUAAGAUGCGUUAGUGUAUGCUUGCUUGAGUGAGACUAAAAGUGGACAGCUACCCCAAGCUAGAAGGAUGGACAAACGUUAUAAUGGAAUAGUAAAUGGAACAGCAUAUGUACAAAGGGUUAAAUUAUUUCUCAAUAUGCACGUUCUUUAGUAUGCUUAAAUAUGUAUUAAUUUGUAUUUAAAAGCUGCUAAACGAUACUGUUCAGAACUUAAGUAGAAAAUGUUUCUUCGGAAAAAAAUCACUCCAUAAUUUGGAAUGGCCUUCUUAACGAGUUAGAUUUAAUAAACAAUUCACAAGUGUAUUGGAUCAAAUUUUUAUAAUUUCCUUGCUAAGUGUAUUUUCUCGACAGUCAAAAUGGUCGGAACGGAUGUUUAUAUCAUCAGUUUCAAGUUUAUAACUCAUUUUGCAUAAUCUUUUGUGUUUUAUAAAAGCACGCAGAAUAGUUUUACCUUCAUUAUUAUGGGCUAAAAUCACAAGAUCGCCGUUGAAGCAAGUCUGCAAUGAAAUCAUUGUACGCGAGUUUGAUGCUUUGCGUGUAGAGAUGUUAAUGUGUUUUACUAACGUACCAGGGUCACCCUUAACGUUGUAAAAUUACAGGGACUCCGAAGAAAGUAGGACUUGUGAGUUUACAUUCAAACUUGUAAAAUAUGCUGAUAAAAUAUUAGAUGAAGGGUUUUUUUUCACAUUGGGAAAAAUAAGUUACUCUGAUGUUUUAAAAAAUAAUGAUUUACACUAACCUCGAGUGAACGUUUCAUGCAUCAUUUUUGAGCAAACUUUCAGUAAUUUAUUUUAUGAACGUGCUUUGAAAAGACGCAUUAAAAUCAUUAGCGAAUCAGGCAGCCGGGCAGCUUUAAGAGAUUGGAUAUCUUUGACAUCUUUACUUAAAUAUUUCUGUAUGAAUAUCAUAUAAUUUCUAUUGCAAUUAUUAUUUUAUCUAGACAAUAUGUUUUACUUGGUUUUAAAAAUAGCAAAAACAUAUAUUACCUAACCACAGAACGGAAGCUUGGUAGUUAUAAGGCAAGUCUUUCGUCCUUAAGAAUUUAUAAAUAGUGUAAUAUAAUGGAAAAUUGAACAUUUCUGAAAUUUUUUGUAGUGAUGGGAUAUCAAUCAGUUAUACAUGCAUAAUUAAUAGCUUUAAAUUUAUCGCAGAUUUUUUCACAAGUUCGUUAGUUAGUCUUACACAUUAACAAAAAACACGAUAAAUUGCGAAUUUGAUAAAUACCAACUUUUUUCUACAUUUUUAGUAUAAAACACAAUUUAUAAAUUUUGAACAAAGGCAAAAAAAAUAAAUCAAUUAGCUGAAAAAUUUUCCCGGCAAAUGAUGAUAAGGCGGCCUAUUUUGAUAUGAAAUUGGAAUUCGUCAGUCUUUUGUGAACGUGUGAUUGUCGUGUCGAUGUAUCGGUCUACUGUCAGUCGAGUAGGACCUAGUAUCGACUUAUUUAUUGUCAGAAAAGAUAAACGAGGGGGUCGUAAAGGCAUAUGCCAUUCUAGCAUCAAUUCCUAUCAUUAAAAGGUAGUAACCGUCACAGUUUACGAGAAAUUUGAUCUCUGUAUACUCAAAAAAGUAAUCAAGCCAAUUUUUUCACACUUUAAAACAUUGUUGGUAACAUUUCUUAAAAUGUUAUGGAAUUUUACCCUAUACGGGAAAUUGACCAUACAAAUAUGAUACAUUUUUUAUGCGUUUGACUCAUUUCUUAACAAAAUUUACAUACAAUUCUAAAUUUUAACAACUUCCAUUACAUUUUUUAACACGUUACAUAAAAUAUUUUUUUAAAGCGAAGUACAGAACGCGCUGAUUUUAUAUGAUUGGUUUUUGUCAGUAAAAUAUAAUAAUUAAAAUAAAAACAAGCUGGUUCAUAGGGAUCGAAGUUUAAUACGUUUUGGACCUCACAUCAGAUACACCUAAAAUAUUCUGAUCGUGUGAGUCACUUUGUUAUGUUUACUGUGUUAAGGCGCGUACACACCUUAUCGUAACGUAACCUCGUCAGGUAACAUUUUGGCCGUGCACAUCACACACACGAUAUGUCUAACAAACAACGAGAAGAUUAUUAUAAACAACAAUUUAAUAAUCUGCAUUACUAAUUGCUAUACUUAAAGCUAAAUACAUUUUUCAUAUAGUAAUUACGUCAUAUUAAACCUAAGAAAUCAAACAUUUUUUGAUGUGUAACAUCUUAGCGCUCUGUAAACUGCAUUUAAUUGGAGUCUUUUCCCUUUUAUCGGAAUUUCAGCCAGUCUUUCAGUACUCGCUAUGUUGUAAAACAUCUAACCCCAGAAACGAGAAAAUGCAUUUCUACUCCAUGCAGAAAAUACACUUUAAUUACGAAACUCGGACAAAAAUUUAACGAAGGAUUUUUUUCUUUAAAAUAAUGCCGAGCGUGAUAAGUAUGUGCAAAGUGUGUUUUCAACUACAUUUCUGGACUCGAAUCACAUAUAGUUUCCGCACCCGCCGCUAGAAUUCGCUGCCGGAGCAGCUUCGCCAGCUAUUGAAUCAUUUGAUAAGCCGAAUAUAUUUGGAACUAUAUAAUGAAAAGUCUCCGAUUAAAGUAAAAAGGACUUGAAGACAGUAGGUACUAAACAUGGACUUUAUACCUGAUUUUCGACAAGAAAUUUAAUUUUUUUUAAUUCACUAAACAGUAAAUACUAUAAAGUUUACCUUUUGAGUUUUUUGAAAUUUUGGAUCGCGCCAUCCACCACACAUGGCAGUAACGUGGUUGUUACACAUUUCCGUUUCUUUGACUUCAGUCGCAUUCACGAAAUUACUUUCACCAAAUGCCGUAUACCGAGAGUUAAGAUGUUACACUCGUAAAGAAAGAAGAAUAACACACUAUCCAUGAUGAAACUAUCAACUAACCAAUUUACUUUUACUUUUGUGGUCUUUACAUAAAUUAAUUAUCGUGUUUCAUUGUAGAUUUUUAUGCGCUGGACAACACCUUUAGUGCCCAUGACUGGCAACGCACGUGUAAAGUUAGAGAAUGGGGCAAAAAGUACAUCAAAGAUCAGCAACAGCCUUCGCUUGGAUUUAGAAAAGAAAAUUUCUUCACCCUUUGGGCAGGGAUUGCGUGGAUCAAAACCCGUGACCUUCCUGAUGCGAGACCCGCCCAGAGCGCCGCGGCAAAAAAAACCGCCUGAGCGCAGACAGGCGCACCAACCUACCACAACAUGAUGCAUAUCAUGAAUACAUCUUACUCUGUGCUGGCAACACUGCCGUUUGGGGUCAAGAUCGGACAGCUGGGAGCGGUCUGUUUCGUCAAAAUAACUUAACAAGCUUUUGCAGUAGUGCCGGUGUUUCAAGGAACAAAAAUAAGGGUUUAGGUGUUGGAUGUACCACACCUGUUAUCUAACCGUAUUUCUAGUGCACUAUAGGACACGGCCAUUCACUAGUUUUUGGGGAACGAAUUUUGGUGUCCUAGCCGGUCGCUUUUGCGUUGAUUUCGUCCAGGUGGUGGGCCCGCGUCUAGCGCCAUUAACUCGUCACUUUUUUAAUCAUUGGGGGGCGUACCUAGCGUGUUGGUGUGCCAUAUGAAAGUUUACGAUAGCGAAACUAUCCUGGAAUACAUUUUGUACACUUUAAUAGACAUGACACGAAAUAAUCGCAAACUAAAACUUACUUAAUAAAAUUACAAAUGUGGUUAUUUUUUUGUGCGAUAUGCUGCUGUCUCUAAUAGUUUUUGCCGUAACAAUUGUAUCGAUGGUUGCGAAACGUCCCCUAGAAAGCUUUGGAACCAGUUUCUAGCCUCGCGCAGGGCACAUGUUAUUAAAACGGUUGUCGAUUUGUUUCCUUACUGGGAUUCGGUUUGGACACGUUCUGGAAUACGGCCCGCGAAUUAGGUUACGGUUUUGUCCCAACAAGGUAGUGCUUGUUCGCUACCGUACCCGAAUGUCUUGGAAUACCGCCCUUAGAUGUGCGCGUUGAAGCGAGCUAGGGCAUGUUGGCAAAGAGUUCGUGACGUCAUUCUCGGUCAACUUCGUAAGAGCAGACCUGACUUUAAACUGGUUGCCUGGCUGAGCAGCCUAACGGCGUGCAGAAAACAAGUCUUAACGCUGCAUUUACAAACCGCCCAUUUCAAUUAAAGUGUCUGAUUGCAAAUAGCAUUUACGAUCCACUUCGCUUGCCUGUACAAGUUUCGUUUCAUGGUUUUGUCUUUAACAUCUUUUUUUCACAAUGACAUCGGCUAAAACGCACUUUUAAAGUACGAAAAAUUAAUAACCAAGUAUGGUACGUGGUAUAGGGAAGUGCAGGAAGACUAUCUUUAAUAUUCCAGUGUAAAAUUAUAGGGUCACCGCUUGAAGUACUAUAGAGGCGCGUUACCCACGUGAAGACAGCUCACCCGUUCUGUGCCUGGCGCGUAGAGGCGAAGUGGCGUGUGAUGCGCGGGCCAAUGUCGCCCUUAGCGACACCCUUCUCCCCUUGAGCUUGUUUGAGCCACGUCUGUCCUUCCUCCGCUGUUAAAACGGAACACCACAAUUGUUUAGUUCUUUCUCAACUUCUUUGGGGGUCAACUAACAACCACAAAGCCCGCCGAACUUCGGUUUUGCGGGGAGGGAGGGGGAAGAGCUGUAGAAAGUCAGUUUGUAGCUUCAAAGAGCGCUGCUCGUUUGUUAUUUCCCGAUCGCAUACCUUGAAUAGCUUGCUAAGCGUGCCUGGUUCAUGAGGCUACAUCAGCUGAGAUAGAAGGAGCCGUACUAACGUGUGGAGACUGAGUUCAAAUAAGCGUCCAUUCUUGCCAAUUCAUUUGUCAUCUAUGUGUCUAUGGGAUGAUAAGUUAUGUAUACACCUCGUUUCUUUUUUUUAUUGAUUGUUACUUGUUCGAUGCUGUUUAGUGUAAUAAAAAUAUUUUCCGAGUCCAAUCUAAAAUAAAACGAGGAAAGUAAUAAUUUUAUGUUACCCUUUAAUAUUAAAUAUUUAAAAAGCUAAUACUGCGAAAAUAAAUUGUUACAUCUUUAUAAGUAUAUGUUUAAAUUGUAUGGAAUCUGUGGUUGAUUGUGUGUUGUAAACAGGGUAUAAAAUGAGGAUAUAAAGUUUGUAGACUCCAAAAUGGUAGUUCGGCAGACUAUUUGAAAAACAAGGGUUUUUAUUUAAUAACUGGUAUUUACACGUGUUCUUGAAAAGAUAGUGUAAAUUGGCUAUUUCAUAUCUUAUCGGUAUUACAGAGACAGAACUUAUAAGUGUGGUUUUCGUGUUUGCAAUGUGAGGUCAUAAGAAAAACUUUGUAACUAAAAGCCUAUUUUUUAUUUGCUUGUUGGUGCAGGCGUUUUCUAUUUUCAUCAAUAGCGUGUUACAUUUUAGGCAUUUUUUAUUAGCAAAUGAUAAAUUAUUUUAAUGUUUGUGUUAUUUCCUCUAAAUUUCAGUUCUCACUGCUAAUGUGUAAACCAGAUUAUUUUUCUUGACUCUCAAGAGUGUUUGGGAAAAAUCAAACGGGGAUAUGAAAAGCAAUUCCUAUAAAAAAAAUUAUGCUGAUACUGAAAACCAUACAGAUUUUUCAUUUCCUUUGUAACAAUCAAGUUAUUGUUAAUUCUAAAUUAAUUGAGGCACAACAAUUUAUUUUAAAUUUCUUUAAUAUAAUUUUUAUUCAAGAUUAUUUAUAAAAUUUUCGGGGAAAAUACAUUGUAGUAGAAUAAUCUCUGGAUACCUUUAAGAAAGAUAAGUAAAAACUCAAAUCAUUUUUCGUCCUAUUACUCGCCAACUUUUAUACCCUGAUUAUAAAUGUUUUACAUUUUUUUCAUAUCUGUAAACAGUAUUUAAAGUGUUUCGGUUCACAAAUUUUGUGUGUUAACGUAUCCCAUCUCACCAUCCUCCCCUCACACAGUUUUCUCUUGUCAUACUGAACAUAUUUGCUCAAAAUGUGUGCGAUUUGUUUAAUGAAAAAUACUCUGCAAGUCUAAAAAAAGAUAUUGUGUGCAUUCCACAUAACAAAUAAACUGCAGGAGAAAAAUUCUUCACA